AUGGCUCGAACAAGGAGCAUCACACCCAGUGCAAAAGGGCCUCCGGGGGCAGAGCUGACUGUAUCCAAGGCACGUUGCGUCUGGGCCUUUGACACCCCUGAGAAGGAAGGCAAGCGGAGGGAUCCAAACGGACGAGCAAAAACAGGUUUUCUUCAGGAGCUGCUGGCCCGAGAAACGGCUAACGCGGUGCUUCGCCGAGGGGGCCUCACCAUCAGUAUCACUCGGGGCGGCUUUCAAAUUCAGCAAGCCACAACAGUUAAAAACAAGGAUAUAAGAAAAUUUGGGGGUGGUGUCUAUGUUUCUGAAAAAGGAACAGUUCAGCAGGCCUACGAAGAAAAUUUAGAGCUGUUCAGAAACAAAAUGCCCACGAUUCCUAAGACCUAUAAAGGAAAUGUUGAAAGGAAGACAUGUGAGGACAUUCAGGAUGUCAAGGGUAAUACGAAGACGGCGCCAAUGGCCAUUCCAGAAAAAGAGUUCCAAAAUGGCUUUGGCGGGUGGACUAGGUGCGGAUGUUGGUGCACAGCUUCCCAAAGGGAGUACUUCGAAGGUGACCAUUGUGAUACUCAGCAACAAGCUGGACAGGUCAGCUCUGAGUCCUUGCUGGGCAAGGAGAGGAAUUCAAAUGGGGUUCGGGAAGAGUGGGAUAGUGGGGGAGCAGUGCCCAUAUUAGAAGCUGCAAACCGGAGGAUUCCGGCUAAAAACCAGUUUUUCCGAGAUGUGGCUGGCCUUGCACGCAUCGCAGCUCACUUUUCUGCAGCCGUUUCGGAAAAUAACCGCAAUAGUCUUCCUUUUUCAAAGUCCGAUGUGCAGAGUAUUAUGGUGCUCGCUAGUACUCUAGUUAGGGGCUCCUCUGGGCUUCCAGAGGAGAGCCUGGUCUCGAGGACUGCUGCUUUGACCUGGAGUCUCGUUGGUGAGAGAGAGAGAGGACAGUCACACAGAGAGGGCCGUUGCCUAGAAAGAGGGGUGAGAGCGAAGGGCCUGCAUCUGAGCACUCGGGGUGGGAAGUCGGAUGAGUUUCGCCAGUCUUCCAGGGCGGUGGUGGUUAGCUCCCAGUACGUUGGUUGGGGUGAGGAGGGCUGGAGGAUUUGUUGCCUGGACCUGGAGCAGUGUUCUCUUAAGGUGUUGGAGCCUGAAGGAAGCCCAAGCCUGUGUUUAUUGAAGCUAAUGGGGGAGAAAGGUUGCACAGUCACGGAACUGAGUGACUUCCUGCAGGCUAUGGAACACACUGAAGUUCUUCAGCUUCUCAGCCCUCCAGGAAUAAAGAUCACUGUAAACCCAGAAUCAAAGGCCGUCUUGGCUGGGCAGUUUGUGAAGCUGUGUUGCCGGGCAACUGGACAUCCUUUUGUACAGUAUCAAUGGUUCAAAAUGAAUAAGGAGAUUCCGUACGGAAAUACGUCAGAACUUAUUUUUAACGCAGUGCACGUAAAAGAUGCAGGCUUUUAUGUCUGUCGAGUUAAUAACAAUUUCACCUUUGAAUUCAGCCAGUGGUCACAGCUGGAUGUUUGCGACAUCUCAGAAGUAACAGAAAGCUUCCGGGGAAGUUUCGAUGGCCUCUCUGAAUCCAAGCUGCAAAUCUGUGUUGAGCCGAGGUCCCAAAAGCUGAUGCCAGGCAGCACCUUGGUCUUACAGUGCGUUGCUGUUGGAAGCCCUAUUCCUCACUACCAGUGGUUCAAAAAUGAAUCACUAUUGGUACAUGAGACAAAGAAGCUAUACAUGGUGCCUUAUGUGGAUUUGGAACAUCAAGGAACCUAUUGGUGUCACGUGUACAAUGAUCGAGACAGUCAAGAUAGCAACAAGGUAGAGGUCAUCAUAGGAAGAACAGUUGAGGCAGUGGAAUGCACUGAAGAUGAAUUAAAUAAUCUCGGGCAUCCUGCUAAUAGAGAGCAAACAACCAACCAGCCCCUGGCAAAGGACAAGGUUGCCCUUUUGAUAGGAAAUAUGAAUUACCGGGAACACCCCAAACUUAAAGCUCCACUGGUGGAUGUGUAUGAAUUGACCAAUUUAUUAAGGCAGCUAGACUUCAAAGUUGUUUCCCUGCUGGAUCUCACUGAAUAUGAGAUGCGUAAUGCUGUGGAUGAGUUUUUACUACUUUUAGACAAAGGAGUAUAUGGGUUAUUGUAUUACGCAGGACAUGGUUAUGAAAACUUUGGAAACAGCUUUAUGGUCCCUGUUGACGCUCCAAAUCCAUAUAGGUCGGAAAAUUGUCUCUGUGUACAAAAUAUACUGAAAUGGAUGCAAGAAAAAGAAACUGGACUCAAUGUGUUCUUGUUGGAUAUGUGUAGGAAAAGAAAUGACUACGAUGACACCAUUCCGAUCUUGGAUGCACUAAAAGUCACUGCCAAUAUCGUGUUUGGAUAUGCCACGUGUCAAGGAGCAGAAGCUUUUGAAAUCCAGCAUUCUGGAUUGGCAAAUGGAAUCUUUAUGAAAUUUUUAAAAGCGAGAUUAUUAGAAGACAAGAAAAUCACUGUGUUACUGGAUGAAGUUGCAGAAGAUAUGGGUAAAUGUCACCUCACCAAAGGCAAGCAGGCUCUAGAGAUUCGAAGUAGUUUAUCUGAGAAGAGAGCACUUACUGAUCCAAUACAGGGAGCGGAAUAUUCUGCAGAAUCUCUGGUGCGGAAUCUACAGUGGGCCAAGGCUCAUGAACUUCCAGAAAGUAUGUGUCUUAAAUUUCAAUGUGGUGUUCAUAUUCAGUUAGGAUUUGCAGCCGAGUUUUCCAAUGUCAUGAUAAUCUACACAAGUAUAGUUUACAAACCACCUGAGAUAACAAUGUGUGAUGCCUAUGUUACCGAUUUUCCACUUGACCUGGAUAUUGAUCCAAAAGAUGCAAAUAAGGGCACGCCUGAAGAAACGGGCAGCUACUUAGUAUCAAAGGAUCUUCCCAAGCAUUGCCUCUACACUAGACUCAGUUCACUGCAAAAAUUAAAGGAACAUCUCGUCUUCACGGUGUGUUUAUCGUAUCAGUACUCUGGACUGGAAGAUGCCGUGGAGGAGAAGCAGGAGGUGAACGUCGGGAAGCCUCUCAUUGCCAAGUUAGACAUGCACCGAGGCUCGGGAAGGAAGACUUGCUUCCAAACCUGUCUCAUGUCGAACGGCCCUCACCAGAGCUCGCCCUCCCCCUCGCAAGGAGCAGGGCAUCACCACUCGUCUCAGGACGCAUUCUGUGGCGUUUACCGUCCGCACCUCGGUGACCCAGACUCCGCUGUUCCAUCAGAGAGCUGUCCUUGCAGCCGGACUCCAAGCGCGCUGCUUUCGGGCUAUUACGCUCACCACUAUUCGUGCCACUUUAGCAGGAGCAACGUGCCAGUAGAGACAACGGAUGAAAUGCCAUUUAGCUUCUCUGACAGGCUCCGAAUUUCUGAAAAGUAGCCUUGUUUUCGGAAAGUUAGGAUGAUCACGGGAUGCCUCCUGUGAAAUAGUGCUGUACUCAUGCAAACUGAGGCACAGUGAGACGGCAUGUAUGUGUAAAGUAUCAUGGUAAUAAUGGUUUUAUAGCAGACUCUGGACUUAGAGACACUGGACUUACGUUAUUUAAUCACAGACUUUCUCUUCUU